AUGGCGCCAAACUCCCUUUCCGCUGUCUCCUCUCUAUCGCCGUCAAACGUCCACCGCUCCUCCUUCAGUGAGCCGGCUCUCACCCCGCACCUCCCAAUGAAAACCACCGCCAUCAAGCUCGACGAGAUUGAGCGCUGGCUCGCCAAUCCGGAGCUCCAUGCAAUCGACACCAUUGAAUCCUCCCUGCUCCCGAGUCCGAUGCAUAUACAUACAUAUACUCACCCAAUCCCCUCGGGCUGCAAAUGGGACCAAAAAUCCGAGGACGAGAAUCCACAACCACCAAAGAAGAAGAGAAAGAUCCAGGCCUACGAUGGUCCUUCAAGGUACUGA